CAGAAGACCUCAUUAUACCCUUUAAAAAUGGCACCUUGAAGCUUACUCUCUUUCUCUCACUAAGUAAUGUCCCAACCAAAUGCAUACUAACAGCAUCAUCAUCCUAGGUUAGUAGGUGGUUUUAUUUGUCUGGAUGGAUCUUGGAGUGGUGGGUUUUGAGGGUCUUGGAGGUUCAGAUGACACAGCUAGUUGUUUCGCUUCUUCUCUUUCUUCAUCAGCAGUAGUAGAUCCUGAUGAAGCUAAUAAGCAAAAGCUGUAUGGAUCUGGGUCUGGCCAGCUCAGGCAAGAAAGGGCUUUUGAAGAUGACUGGAGGUGCUGUUUAAAAGUUGCUAAAACAGAGGAUUUUUCUGCUUCUAAAGCAGCAAUGCUUCUCAUGAGAUCUAGUGCUAAUACAACUGCAAAUGCUUCUCCUUUUCUUGUUUCUGAAAAUGGUCAGCAAAUGCUCAGUUUCUCUUCUCCUAACUCUCAAUCAAAUAUCUCAUCGCCUAAUUACUAUCAUCAGUACCAGCCUGCAUCAUCGUCUCUUUAUAAUACCAGAAAUACAGGUUAUGGAUAUGGUGGCGGUGGCGGUGGUGGAGGUGGCGGCGGAGGAGGAGGAUUGAAUGCUCAAACAAUGGUGUAUGGAAUGAGAGGUCCGUUUACUCCUUCACAAUGGAUGGAAUUAGAACAUCAGGCUUUGAUCUACAAGUACAUUACUGCAAAUGCUCCUAUUCCUUCGAAUCUCCUCAUUCCAAUCAGAAAAUCCCUUGAUUCUGCUGGCUUUUAUACAUCUGCCGGACCCCUCAGAUCCAAUGCAUCAGUUGGAUGGGGUGGAUUCCAUCUGGGGUUUUCGAACAGCACCGAUCCGGAACCAGGCAGAUGUCGCCGGACGGACGGGAAGAAAUGGCGGUGUUCAAGAGAUGCAGUGCCCGAUCAGAAAUACUGUGAGCGGCAUUUAAACAGAGGACGCCAUCGUUCAAGAAAGCCUGUGGAAGGCCUUACUGGCCAUUCCGUCUCCGGUCCCGCCACUGCCAAGGCGUCGCCGGCGACUGUGACCGGAGGCGGCAGCGGAUCUGGGGUUCUUCCUUCUACUACUACUACCACGAAUCCUACGAAUCCUUCAUCGGCUUCUCAUUUAAACAGAUCAUAUCUAAACAAGGAAAAUGGGAAAGUUCAAGACAAAUUAGAUCUAUCAUCUUCCAUUAAUGCCUUAAAGGACAACCAGUACCCUGUUUCAACUCAGAAGAGCUUAUAUAGAACCUCUUCAAAUCAGCACCCUGUUCGUCAAUUCAUGGACGGUUGGCCUAGUAGCCAAUCCGAUUGCUCAGCCUUCUCAUGGACUAACAUUGACGAAACUCAACCGGAAAGAACCCAGCUUUCUAUUUCCAUUCCCAUGGCCUCCGAUUUCAUGUCGUCUACUUCCUCCCCUGUUAACAACAAAAAAUGCCCACUUUCUCCCCUGCGACUGUCCACUCAAAUGGGUCUAGGACUUGGCGAUGCUUCUUCAAUGGCGGGUAAUGAAGAUAGCCAAAGGCAAGCGAAUUGGAUACCAAUUUCAUGGGGAAGCUCCAUUGGUGGACCACUUGGCGAGGUUUUAAACAAAACUAAUAAUAACAAUAUUAGUUCAAUGGGUGAUCUGAAAAACUCUUCUGCUCUUAAUCUAAUGACUGAUGGAUGGGAUCAUAGUCCGAGGCAGGCUUCUUCUCCAACCGGUGUUCUUCAAAAAGUCCCAUUUGGUUCACUUUCAAACAGCAGUGCCGGAAGUAGCCCUAGAGCUGAGAGCAGCAAUAACAACAGGACCCGUGAAGGUGGUGCUAGCGUCUGCAACUAUCACCAUUUGGCUCAACCAAUGUGAUCGAUGACGACAAAGAUGGCGACCAAAUGGAGCAUGAGUUUUCUUUCCUUCUCUUUAAUUUUCACUAUGUUUAACUAAACCUUGUUGAGAUAAUUUAUGUUUUUCUUUAAUUUGUUUGUUUAUGUUAUGUUCUUAAAUUUCCAGCCCUUAAAAAAGGAAAACUAUGGUUUGUUUUGAAACCGACAAAGUGGGAAACAUGAAACAAAAGUCGGCCCCAGCCCUAUGUUCCGUUUAUAAAAUCUGUGUUGUUAUUAUUGUUUA